AUUUAUCAGGCCAGUUAUCUGUUGAAAUUUUAGUAAUAACUAAUGUUAUAACAAGCACCGUUAAGAACUGACAGAAAGUUACUAGCGAUGCAAGCGAGGAAGAAGAGGACAAAGCCCCGGAAACCUGGCAAAAAACCAGAGCCUCACGGACGUGGAGGCGGCUCUCAGCCGGGUCAGGCAGAGUCUCCCCUACCAGAGCAGGAUGAAGAGAUCUUGGGCUCAGAUGAUGAUGAGCAGGAGGACCCCAACGACUACUGCAGGGGUGGAUAUCACCAUGUGAGGAUUGGAGAUCUGUUCAAUGCAAGAUACCAUGUGAUCCGUAAGCUUGGCUGGGGUCACUUCUCCACUGUGUGGCUGGCCUGGGACAUACAGGAAAAGCGCUUUGUGGCCAUGAAGGUUGUAAAAAGUGCUGAACAUUACACUGAGACUGCUCUGGAUGAAAUCAAGCUGCUGAAAUCAGUGAGAAAUACAGAUCCCAGUGACCCCUACAGAGAGAGAGUUGUGCAGCUACUAGAUGACUUCAAAAUUUCUGGCAUGAAUGGAACUCAUGUGUGUAUGGUCUUUGAAGUGCUUGGGUACCACCUGCUGAAGUGGAUUAUUAAGUCAAAUUAUCAAGGGCUGCCUUUGCCCUGUGUUAAAAGCAUCAUACGACAGGUUCUGCAAGGUUUAGACUAUCUCCACACCAAGUGUAAGAUCAUACACACAGACAUCAAACCGGAGAACAUUCUGCUGACUGUCAAUGAGCCCUACAUCAAGAAGAUGGCUGCUGAAGCUACUCAGUGGCAGAAGAGUGGCACCGCGCCUCCCUCGGGCUCUGCAGUGAGUACAGCCGCAGCUUCCAAACCAAUGGCCAAAAUGUCAAAGAACAAAAAAAAGAAGAUGAAGAAAAAGCAGAAAAAGCAGGCUGAGAUGCAGGAAAAGAGGAUCCAGGAGGGAGGAGCAAUACCCGACAAUCGAGAAGAGGAGGAUGAUGAGGAGACGACGGAAAACACUGAAGAUACAUCAUCCUCAGCCACUCUUUCUAUGUCUGCCACACUGCAAGACAUUGCUAGCCAUACUAAUGCAGACUCGACUCCUGAGGAGGAGCCUGCUCACACAUCAGGGCAAAAUGAACAGAGGGAGGAUGUGGCCAAUGAGGAGAACAGGAUGGAAGUCAACUGCAAUGGCCACGUCUCCACACCGGAGAAAGAGACCAGUCUAGAGGUUCAAGGGACCGAGCAGGAUACAGAGGAACGGGAGGACCAACAGAAUGCAAACCAACCAGACAGCAACAAAGAGACCUGCAACAGAGAAGAGCAGCCAUCCUGUAACGGAAACUCUGAUACCAACCUGCAACAACUCCAUCCUUCCCUCAGUCCAGAUUCUGUCAAUGUAGAGCUAAAAGAGGGAGACAAGACAGAAGAGGAGAUGGACACUCUAAAGGAGACCAAAAGAGAAAAAGAAGAAGAGAACAGCGAGAAUGGCGCAUCAGGCAGUAUGUUAGUAAACCCCCUGGACCCUCUCAAUGCUGAUAAAUUGCAGGUUAAGAUUGCUGACCUUGGCAAUGCCUGCUGGGUGCAUAAACAUUUCACAGAUGACAUCCAGACACGGCAGUACCGUUCUCUUGAGGUGUUGAUGGGAGCCGGCUACAGCACACCGGCAGAUAUCUGGAGCACAGCCUGCAUGGCCUUUGAGCUAGCUACUGGAGAUUACCUGUUUGAACCCCACUCUGGAGAAGACUACUCCAGAGAUGAAGAUCACAUAGCGCUGAUCAUCGAGCUGCUAGGCAAAGUCCCUCGGAAGCUGAUAUUGGCAGGCAAAUACUCCAAGGAGUUUUUCACCAAGAAAGGCGACCUUCGGCACAUCACCAAAUUGAAGCCUUGGGGUCUGUUUGAUGUCCUGGUAGAAAAGUACGAGUGGUCCAAAGAGGAGGCCCACUCUUUCAGCAGCUUCCUGCUGCCCAUGCUGGACCUGGUGCCUGAAAGGAGAGCCACCGCAGCCCAGUGCCUGUCCCAUCCAUGGCUCACAUCCUAGAGGCUGCCUAUACACACACACUGCUUCAUAUUGUGAAAGGAUAUAUUAGGUUUGAAGGGCCGAAGCUUGAAAACAUACAGUAAGCAAAUACUUAGAUUUCUGUACGAGCCUGUGAUUCCAUCGUGCCUGUAGCCUGUUGUCAUGGCUCUCACAGGUCUAUCUACACACACCUGGAAGCAUUGAGACAAUAGAAAGACUGUUGUUGAAGCUUUGUUCAGUUAAGGAAGAAGGCUAAAACAAGCUUAAAGUGCUCUCUCAGUAUUUGUCUUUUUCUUUUUUUUAACUGGCUGCAUAGAGCUUAACGAUCUUACUUUCUCUUUUUUGCUGGCUCCAGCGCUUUCUCUUCUGCACAUUAUUUUUUUUUGUAUUUUAGACAUAGCAUAUUGUCAGGUUAAAAGGGGAUUGCACUUUUCUAAUAAUGCUGAAGGGUGCAGGAUGCUAACAGAGUCAUAAUAAUGACUAUCAGAGCCACAUUUGAUUAUCACAUAGAAGCCAAAUUUGUCUGUUUGCUAGUCAUCAUGUUAGGUGUACCAGCUUUCAUGCCUUUAAACAGUGUGCAAAAGUGCAAAGUUGAUAACUACAUAUUGCUUACUGGAAUGAAGAGCAGCUAGCAGCUUUUAAAGCACUGUUGUCUAAUAACUUUUUACAUUUCUAUACAGAUGCAGUUCAGACAUUGUGCACAUGGUAAGAUGAAUUCAGAAUCACUCUGAUAGCCAAAGUUUUCUCUCAUUUUCUUGUUAAAAGUAUUUUUAGUUUCAGCAUUAUUUUAUGUUGUCCUAAGAUAAGUACUUGAUAUAUUAUAAUGUGAACAAAAAUCAUACCCCUUCUCUUUUUCAUGCAUGAGGUGGCCAAAUGCUUUUUCAUACCUCGGGUUGCUUUUUGCCUAAUAAAUUUAAUUCCUGCAUUAACAGUUGAAUGCAGCUAUAUGAGUAUCCACAUCGAGUGUACAGAACAGUGUACCAAAGAGUUGGACUUUGGUUUCUCUUUUUCUGAGCUUGAAACUGACAGGUUGUACAGAGUGAGGACACAGUCUGAAAAGGUUUGAGUAAAUGUUUUUUUUUUUUUUGGAGUCAUGUUUGAGUGAAAGGUCAGUCUUUGUUUUUCAGGUGUACAAAAGUUUCUGCUUCACAAGAAGGUGCUGGAUGUGAAAAUCAUAGAUUGUACUUGAUACAUUUAUUGUAAUAUUCCUUUCAGUCUUAUCUGAAACAUUUUGCUUGUUUUUCUAUGAAGGCUCUAUGUUCAUGUCUCCUCAUUUGUUUUUUUUUUUUUUUCUGUAGGCAGUAAGAAUAAAUAAUU